AUGGCGACAGCUACGAUGACCGUUUCGGCGGUGCCGACGCCCAAGAAGAAGGGUGCUGAUCUUGCGCCAGAGAGCGAACGAUUUCUACGAUGCUGUGCCGAUGUUGCCAAUGCCUUGAUUGAAGAUCAUGAGUCGACCAAGGAUGGCAAGAGCACUCGAGAUAUCAACCUCAACUCGCUGCGAGCCAAGCUGUCCAAGAAGCACAAGCUUACCAAUAUACCUCCAUUGACUGCCAUUAUCGCAGCCAUUCCUGAACACUACAAGAAAUACAUUCUGCCCAAGCUGAUCGCAAAGCCUAUCAGAACUUCAUCUGGAAUUGCUGUCGUCGCCGUCAUGUGCAAGCCUCAUAGAUGCCCUCAUAUUGCGUACACCGGCAACAUUUGCGUUUAUUGCCCCGGUGGCCCCGAUUCCGACUUUGAGUACAGCACCCAGUCCUACACUGGAUACGAACCUACUUCAAUGAGAGCUAUCCGUGCCCGAUACGACCCAUUCGAGCAAGCCAGAGGACGUGUGGACCAACUCAAGUCUUUGGGUCACUCGGUCGACAAGGUCGAAUACAUCAUCAUGGGAGGAACCUUUAUGUCUCUGCCCGAAUCAUACAGAGAGGACUUUAUUUCGCAACUUCACAACGCCCUCAGUGGAUAUCAGACGUCAAAGGUGGAUGAGGCUGUUGAGGCUGGCGAGAUGAGCAACGUCAAGUGUGUUGGAAUCACCAUUGAAACAAGACCAGACUACUGCCUUCAACCCCAUCUCACCGAUAUGCUGCGAUACGGAUGCACUAGAUUGGAAAUUGGCGUUCAGUCACUCUACGAAGACGUUGCGCGAGACACGAACCGUGGGCACACCGUGGCUGCUGUCGCAGAGACCUUCUGUUUGGCAAAGGAUGCUGGCUUCAAAGUUGUCAGCCAUAUGAUGCCGGAUUUGCCCAACGUGGGUAUGGAGCGUGACAUCGAUCAGUUCCGCGAGUACUUUGAGAAUCCAGCCUUCAGAACUGAUGGCUUGAAGAUCUACCCGACCUUGGUCAUUCGAGGAACUGGUUUGUAUGAGCUGUGGCGCACUGGACGAUACCAAAACUACACACCCAACGGAUUGAUCGAUCUUGUUGCCAGGAUAUUGGCACUUAUUCCUCCUUGGACCAGAAUCUAUCGUGUUCAGAGAGAUAUUCCCAUGCCUCUUGUCACUUCUGGCGUAGAGAAUGGUAAUUUGCGAGAGCUUGCGCUUGCCAGAAUGAAGGAUUUUGGCACUACAUGCCGAGACGUACGAACCCGAGAGGUUGGUGUCAAUGAAGUGAAGAACAAGAUUCGACCAAACCAGAUUGAACUGGUCCGCAGAGAUUACACUGCCAAUGGUGGCUGGGAGACGUUCCUCGCCUACGAAGAUCCCAAGCAGGACAUCUUGGUAGCUCUGUUGCGACUGAGAAAGUGCACAGAGAAGUAUACUUAUCGGGAGGAGUUGACUGGCCAACCUACCAGCAUGGUGAGAGAGCUUCACGUAUAUGGUACCGCGGUACCAGUGCACGCCCGUGACCCAAGAAAGUUCCAGCAUCAAGGGUUUGGUACGCUGUUGAUGGAGGAAGCUGAAAGAAUUGCUCGGGAGGAGCAUGGCAGUGAGAAGAUUAGCGUCAUCUCUGGAGUAGGCGUCCGAAGCUAUUACAAGAAGCUGGGGUACUGGCUUGACGGCCCUUAUAUGAGCAAGUGGCUGGACGGUCGGGACGAGAAUGGCACGCAGUAA